AUGUUCUACCUCGAACUUGCGUUGGGUGUUGUUACUAAGAAAGGUGUAUUGAGAUGUUGGGAUUUAGCGCCUCAGGCUAGAGGCAUAGGUUUUGCCAUGAUGGUAUGCUGUGUGUUCACGGCAUUAGCUCUGGGUGCUGUAGCUGCCUGGUGUCUAGCAUUAUUGGUGCAUUGUUUUCACUCGUUCCUGCCGUGGUUACACUGUGCUGCAAGCGCCACGCCUGCAUGCGCGGCUAGGCAUAGACCACUGCAGCGUGGUAGUGAAACACCGGCUCAAUCUUUCUUUUUGUACUUGGUGCUAUUCAAAGACGUUAUAGCGUAUUUUGUUCUUUUUUGCUUUGCUCUGGGCGCUGGUCGGCUCAAAGGUGCGGCUGCCAUGUUUCGUCUUUGCGAUUGGAGUGUGCUUUUUGAUAACAUCCAGAUAUGGCGUGAUGCGGUAGAAUAUUCACUGAUCGAGAUGACGGUCUCGCAAGGCUCACUGAUAAUGCUAGGAGCUUACUGUCCUGAGCGUCACAAGUUAGGAAUGACAGCACUACUCGCUUUCACUGCAUCAAAGACUAGCUCAAUGAUUAGUGCUUUUAUACUAGGAGCAACACAUGGAGCAUUGCAGGCAGACUAUGAGAGUAACGACACCAGUAUUUGGAGGGGUGCAUCAGCGUCUAUGGUGUUGUGGGAAGACUUUGUUGCCAGAGUGCCUGGUAGCACUGUUGGUGCAAACUAUUAUGUCUUCGUUCACUGGUCAUACACUACGAAAGAUUUCGUGGGCAUUUCUAAUCCUUGCGUGCGUUUUAUUCACCAUCAUUGGGACUAUUACUUUAUGUACGCAGAUUAUGUUCGCGACGAGUGGAGGCUCGUUUCCGGCGAGCGAAAUGGUCGCUGGUUGGGUAUUGCUCACGCUCGCUUUCCUGCCAGUGACGAUUAUCAUGCUGUUUUACUGUAUCUUCAAGUGUAG